AUGGUUAAAAGAUGGCCUGGCUGCUUUAUUCCUCCAUUACCUUCAAAAAAAGUAUUAGGUAACACAGAAACUAAUUUUAUGUUAGAAAGAAAAAAAUACUUGCAUAAUUUUUGUAAUCGAGUUUAAACUCAUGGAUUCCUAUAUUAUUCAAUCGAGUUUUAAAUAUUUUUGAGAUAAAAAGAUAGCGAUAUAAAUAAAAAGUAUUAAAGGUAUUAAAUAUAAAUAUAAAAAUAUAAUUUUAUAAUAAUUAAUAAAAAGGAUUAACUAUAAACUGUUUAAUAAUUAAAUGAAAAUAAAUAAAAAACUAAUCAAUAUUUAAAUAAAUUUUGUCAAUAAACUAUAUAAACUUAUGAAAAAAGAAUCCUAAGUGAAUAUACUUUAGAUUAAAAAAAUACAAUGAUUUUUUUAGAUGAAUAAAAUUAAAAGUUAUCUUAAUCUAUUGAAAAUAUAGUAAAAAUAAAUAUUUUUUUUUUUAUAAACAAAAUAAUUAAAUUAAAAUUUAUUUUUAUUAAGUAAUCAAUAACUGAAACAAAUAAUUUUAAGCUUUUAUGUGAUUUUGUUAAUUAUGAAUUAUAAGAUACUGAGGCAUUUAUAAAGGCUUUUGAAUUUAAGGAUGAAUUUUGUAAUCGUUUAAAAAAACUAGAAACAAUAUUAAAAGAAAAAGUUUAAUAUUUAUCUGAAUUAUAAAGCGGUUAAAAAACAUUGAGAUAACUAUUUACAAAAGGUGAUGCAGAAUAACAAAUGAAAGUUUUAAGUUCAGAUAUAUAUAAUCUUCUAUAGAGAUUGAAAAAUACAAAAAACAAAAAUAAAAAAAUAUUAUGA